UCCCGCUGCUACAGACGUGCGUGUGACUGAGUCCUCAGAACUGGAAUUCACAGGGCAAAAAAGCUUCACGAAUAUGGAAUCUGAAAAUAUGGAAUCUGAAAAUACAGAAACUGAAAAUAUGGAAACAGAAAAUAUUGAAUCUGAAAAUAUGGAAAUUGAGACUAUUUCUUCAAUUUCUACUCUGGAAGCCCUCUCCAAUCUACUUUAUCCUGAAGAAGAGGAUGAUUUCGACUUUGGACAGUCAAACUGUUCAUCUACUAUUGGAGCCAUGGGUCCUGGAAAUAUUGGACCACCAAAAUCAGAAGAGCUCAAUGCCAUCUCUCAAACCAGUGAUGAAAGUAGUGAGGACAUCUGGAAUCCAGAAGAAGUUCCAGAAGGAGCAGAGCAUGAUGACAUGUGGGAUGUUCGAGAAAUCCCAGAGUAUGAGAUUAUAUUCAAACAGCAGGUGGGAACUGAGGAUAUAUACCUAGGAUUGACAAGAAAGGAUUCUUCAACAGCAUGUUGUCAGGAGCUCGUGGUUAAAAUUAAACUGCCCAAUACAAACCCUUCUGAAAUUAAAAUUGAUAUCCAGGAAAUGAUCAUUGAUCUUCGGACUCCUAAUAAGAAGCUGUUGGUGACUCUUCCCCAGCCUGUGGAAUGCAGUAGUGCUAAAGCAUUCUAUAUUUUGGAGACUGAGACACUUGAAGUCACCAUGACUAUGCAAAGAGAGUUGGAUUUUAUUAAUUUCUUUUGA